CGGACGGUCGUCCUCCGUAGUAAACGGUUUACCAUCGAGAGAGCACAUCGCGACUCGGACAACACGUUUUUUGAUCGUUUUGUGAAUUCUAAAUUAAAAAAAAAAAAGUUUUAUUCGAAAAAAUACCCGUCAAAAAUCGAAAACGCGCGGCUUACUAAUAGGUUUUUUUGGUAAAAACCCAAAGAGCCCAGACUUGUCGCCUUUGCCGUCGUCGAGAUCACGUGACCGAACACGGCCAGACACGUCUUGUUACUCGGCGAUUCACACAGGUGGAACCCCGUGUUCACAUGACGUUAGAAAUUGGCAUUAUUUCUUAAUACUACAAUAAUGGUAAAGUGAUCAGUGCCGGAAACCCGCCGAACGAUGAGCUUCUUCACGUCCCUUCACCAAAUAGUCACCAGCGGUGUGGCCCAGUUGAGCCUGAGUCCAAAACGGUUUUCGCUGUCGAAGGAAUCCGGAGCAGAUGGCGAGGAAGCGGCAGUCGCUGCAGCAGCAGCCGCGUCUUCCAGCAGGUCGGCCAGCACGGGCAGUGUCAGUGGUAUUCCUAGGAUCGUGACGCCCCAAGGUAGCGGAAGCGGAGGGCCUAGGUCAAGUGGUGGACCCAGGCGAACGGGAUCAUUCAGACAAAUAUCUCAGCCCAGAAACCCUCAGGCUUUCUGCAGGCGCAGACAGUCAUGGCCCGAAAUUGACCAAAACGCGUCGUCCGGAGUGCACGAAACGGACGGUUCGUUUUUUGAAAAGUACAGCAGUCUACAGUGGAAAUUGGACCAGAGGCGUUUGCAGAUGAUCAAGGACAGCCGGCAGGACGAGAGUCCCCCGCCCGAGCUCAGCGUCGGCGUCAAACCACCGCCCGUGUCCAGCAUACAGCCCAAAGAGAUGGAACACUUGUACAUGGACGUUUUGUACACUAUCAAGUACAAAGUGGGCGCCGACACCGAACAAAGCGCGCACCGUGAUCAACUAUACUUGUACGCACAAAAAGCGUUCGACGUCACGCCUGAACAGCACCGACGUUACAUGGCUAUUGUGCACGAGGAAAAGCCUCCUAUCGUUGUGUUGCACGUUACUGUUGUGGAAGCGGAAGGACUGGAAGCGAAAGACGCCAACGGUUAUAGCGACCCGUAUUGUUUGCUGGGACUGAUGAGGAAGACCGACGAGUCCGCGACCCGCCUCGCCGAUGGAUCGGCCGAAGAUUGUUCUACCGUGUUGUCGCCGGUCGCCCUCAUGGCUGGCAUUAUCGGUUUCAGCGACCCGUACUGCAUGCUCGGCAUUCAACCAGGGACUGUGUCUCCACAAGCCGGGGCCGGAUUACCGUCACCGGCCAACAGCCCUUCCCCGUACCAGCCACCAUUGUCGCCUAGGCCGGCGCAUGCCACUGCCCGCACCCUGUCUGAAGGAGGCAUCGAACUACCGGACGGCCGGCACGAACAUCACGACAAGCUGCGCAAACACCACAGCUUUCGAUUGAGUUUCAAGAGAAAAGACAGGGGUGGCAGUUCGAGUGCUGGUAGCUACGGAGGCCGCGAACACAGAGACAGCAUCUCGGCCGUACCUGCCAGAUUCAUACAAGCCACAAGUGUGCGCCACGAAACUCUCGACCCGAAAUGGAGUGAGAAUUUCAUGUUCGACAUUGACGACGUGACCAGCGACAUAUUGCACUUGGACAUAUGGGACCACGACGAUGAGUCUUCAGUGUUGGACGCCGUCAGCAAACUCAACGAAGUUCGAGGCGUAAAAGGAUUGGGCAGGUUCUUCAAGCAAAUCGCCCAAAGCGCCAGGUCCGGCAGCCAGGACGACUUUUUGGGCUGCAUUAACAUUCCCAUUCAAGAUGUGCCUUCCACGGGACUCGACAAAUGGUACCCGCUAGAGGCCAGGUCGCAGAGGUCCAACAUCCAAGGACGGAUACGACUGAAGCUUUGGUUAUCUACCCGCGAGGACCACGGUCAAGCUUGUUGCACGAACAACUUUGACAAUUGGACGGACGUGCGACGACACGAGAGGCUGUUGACCAUAUUCGCCGACUACGAGAUGUCGCUGACAAAAUCCAGUUUGUGGAACGGUGAACUUUGCCACGAAGCGGCCAGCAUAUUGCAUCAACACGCCGUCCAAAGCGGAGUCACCGAACUCCAGUUGGCCGUCAUCAGGUGGCUGGCGUUCAGCCAUAUACCGUCAAUAGACCCGCAGUUCCUGUUGAAGCAGUUGUCCCAGCUCGAAGCCGCCUGGGGCGAACAGAAAUUGACCGGCGAAGAAGAGGAUUGGCUGGCCGACUCGUUUAAUGUAUUCUUGGAUUAUUCCCUUCAGUUGAUUCGUAAAUACCGCAAAUUGUUUCCCCCUCACCACCAUGUGUCGAUGAACCGAUUGGAGUACAUCCUCAGAUGUCUCAGUCGGUUGUCGUUGUCUAAAGCGUAUGGAAAGUGCUGUCCGUUUAACAAAGACAUCCGAGGCGAGAUUGGCAACGCCUUAAGAGUAGGCACUCAUGAGUGGUACGAAGAAAACCGGAAGUUCAUGGCCACGGGACACAACGAUCCGGAGAGUCGUCUCAAAGGGUUCGUGCGGUUGGUCACGGCCGUGCUGAUCGACCUCCAGAAAGGGAUCGAACACUACAACGUGUUGUUCGAAAAUAUAAACGGUGUAUUUUACUACGCGGCCAUUUACAAACAACACGAGAAACUGUUGGCAAAGGGAUUUUCCAAUCAUUUGGACGUAAUCAUCGAGUUGUCCAACGACCUGAGCCAAGAGAUCGCACCCAUAUGCAAAAAAGUCAAGGGAGCCGAUUUCGGGAUGGACUCGCCGCUGUCACCCACCAAUUCUGAAACCGGAGAGUCGCUGUUCGAGCUGUAUUUGGCCGUUCAAGAGUUCAUAAGGUAUCGGGAACACCUGAACGCUUCUGAUUACAAAGGCCUAUCGGCUCAGUGUUAUUAUCACUGGUUCGAACCGGCUCUGGAGAAAUGGCUGGGUCUAGCCAAAAUCAAAAUCAUUCAACGUGUGAAAAAAGCGUUAGAAAUGAGUUCCAUUUGUCAGGGAGAAAUGACUGUCAAACACUCGACGUCAAGCAACGACGUCGUCCAGGCUUUGUAUCACAUGAAAGAAUUUUGGAAACACCUUGCCUGGCCAGACUUGAUACAGUCGUACAAUUUUGUUUUGAAGCUACUAGAUGCCAUGUGUGAAGCAGUUUUAUUCUACGCUCAAUUGGUCCAGCAGAGACUGAAAGACUACGGGUUCUACGAUGACAUGUCGCCGUACAAGACCACGGAUGAAAUUUGCGCUGUACUCAAUGAUCUAGAAUACGUAUGGCGAACAGUAGCGUCCAUGCCGGACGAAUUACACUUGGAAACCGUAGUGACCGCAGUCGAAGCUACUGGCGAAGCCACCGCAGACCAGUGUCGUGCCGACGUCACUACGUUAUUGGAUCCUGUGUUCAACCAAUACGACUCGUACUCCAUGAUGAUCGUGGGUAGGAUCGCCAUACGAAUGCAAGCUCCACUAAAAAAAUGCAUAUUCCAUCUGGCGUGGUCGCCCGACACGCUGCCGACGACCGAUGCCAUUUGUCCGCUCCAAGAGUACCUCGACGGGCACCUGAUCACGUUGAACACCGGUUUGAUACCGAAAAACUUCCAAAAAGUACUGAACGGCGUGUGGGAAGUAACCGUAUACGAGUUGGGUCAUCAGAUGGACGGCGGCAGCGGUGAUACCAAGAUGUCGGGAUUCUACGAACGGCUUUACGAGGCCCUAGAGCUCUUGAUGGAGUUCUUUCACGCCGAAGGCAACGGACUGCCGCCCGAUAUUUUAACUGGCAACGUUUACCGGGCCGUCAAGCAAAGGCUGAAGUUGCACAAGACGGACACGGACACGUUAAUUGAGCUGUACUAUGAAGACCGACUUGCGGACCAGCAAAGGGUAAAAGACGCACACUACGGUGUUUUGUCGGUUCGUGCAUACUACCAUCACGAUUCGCUUUGCGUGGAAGUGUUAAAAGCCCGUGACGUCAUACCAUUAGACCCGAAUGGUUAUAGCGAUCCGUUCGUCAUCGUUGAGCUGUUGCCCAAGGCCAUGUUUCCGUACAGUGCGGAACAGUAUACCGAAGUGAAAAAAAAGACUCUUAAUCCAUUGUUCGACGAAUGUUUCGAAUUUGCCGUAUCGUUGGACCAGUGUCGACAUGAAUCCGCCAUGAUCUUGUUCACCGUCAUGGAUCACGACGUGAUUACGGCUAAUGAUUUCGCCGGCGAGGCAUUUUUAUCGCUUAACUCCAUACCCGGUGUGUCGGCUCCGCUACCACAUGACAUCAACGCCAUCGAUAGAGUCGACCUGAUACUGAUGCACCAACACACCAAGAAUCACCCUAUCCUGCACACACUCGAGGCCAGACACGAAGACAAGGUGGCACAAGAGUUUGUGAAAAAACAAAAGGUCCGCACGACCAGCUCAUGAAGCUCACAAUGCUAUGUCUUGCCGGCGUUUACAGGGUGCUGCAUCUCCGACCUCAGUGAUAACAUCUGAACAUCAAGUAUUCAACAUAAGUAUUGCGUACAAUAAAUUACAUUAAAUUUUAUUAUUAUUAUGUAUAUAUACCUCGGACGUCCGACGGGAAAAAUUACCAGUUAGUAUGAAAUGUAUUGAUGGCAUGACAAACCAAGUGAUAUACCUACAAUAUUAUAUGAAUAUAGAUCCUAAAAUACAUAUGUAUGCGAAUUAAUGUCAAUUUCGUUAAAUGAACAAACGAUGUACAUUCUCAUACAUUAUUUUAGCCUUGUAUAUAAAUACUAAACAAAUACCUAAUCAUAUUAUACAAAACAAAUAUUAUUAUAUACCUAUGAUAAAUAAUAUACUUUUUUCACCUUUUGACAAAACAUCGUCAACUUGUAACGUAAUUAACUCUAUUGUAAAAAUAUUUUAAUA